AUCCGGAAGCGUGGCGGUGCUGCUCCGGCCCUGGAGCGGGUCGUGCGGGGAGAGAGCGGGGGCCCGGGAUCGCCAUGGCGGCGCUGCGGAGGCACGUGUUUGUGGAAAAAGUGCUAAAGAGGCUUUUCCCUAGUCCCUGUGGCCAAGAGAAGAGUGGACCCGUGACUGCAGCUUCGGAGCAACCAGCCGAGCAAGCGGCCACUGUGGAGGUCACGGGCAGCAGUGUCCCCAUGGUGCCAGAUGGGGACACCAAGGUCUCACCUCGAAGGCGGUUCUACACGGCGAGCCUGCCUCCCGAGGGGUACAUCCCAGCUCCGCCAGAGCCGCAAGGCAGCCCGGCCUCCGAGGACACCUCCAGCAGCGAUGACGUGGGAGGAGCGUGCCGUGUCUCAGAUGAGGAUCUUCAUGCUCGGCCGAAGAGAAGAAGAGCAAGAAAGCAUAAAUCAAGGAAAAGCCUUAAAAAUCCCAACAACGAUGGUGCAGAACGAGCAGAAGUAGAGAAACAGCAGAGUCUUUUACCAGAAAACCUGCAGCCACGGCACGGAGAUGGCCCCACAAUUAGCAAAAAUAAAAGGAGGAAGCUGAAGAAGCAGCAGCAGAUGAAGAGGAAGAAAGCGGCUGGCCUCCUGACAGCGGCCUCUGGCGGCAACUUCACAUACCAGCCAGAGGAGGGCGACAGCGAGUGGGCGGCAGGGCUGGAGAGUGAUGGGGAGGAGGAUGCGGAGGACCACGCAGAGGAUCACAGGGAGGACCACGCGGAAGACGGCCCCCGUGUCCUCGGGGAGGGUUGCGAGGAGGACGGUGCCCGUGUCUUCAGGGAGGACGACGGGGAGGACGGUGGCCAUGUCCUUGGGGAGGAUUAUGGGGAGGAUGGCACCUGUGUCCUCGGGGAGGACCGCACUGACACCCACGAGGAGGACCACAGGGAGGAUCACGGGGAGGACGAUGAAGACACCAGUGGGGAAGAUGUUAAAAACACCAACGAGAAGGCAGACGAUAUCCUAAACUUUUUGAAGUCAACACAAGAAAUUUAUUUUUAUGAUGGCAUGUCCCGGGCUGCGGCCUCCACCGUCUUCGUGGAAGCUACGCAGGAGUUGUUCCAACGUCUUGGUGACCACAGCGUGUCCCGCGCGGAUGUGCUCCUGAUGCAUCACAUGAAGACGCUGUUGCUCCUGCGAGACACCGAGAGCCUGCAGCUCGCCCUGGACAGGCUGCCGGCGCUCUGCACCCUGCCGCCCGACCAUGCCUCAGUGCUCUCAGCUUUCUUUAAUUACUGGAUCACCCACAUCCUUCCCGAGAACCACACUGACUAAAUCCGGGCAUCUAAGAAGAGCUAACAUUCAGCAAGAAUAUAAAAGGCAAACAUGAAAUUAGCAGAGACAGGAUUCCUACAUAUAAAGAAGAUGGAAUUCCCUAAAUCUUCUUUGUGGCCUAAACCCCAGGAACUUUGAAAACAUCUCUGCCGCCGUAUUUACCGUGUAUCGUACACAGUGGGCAAGACGCAAUUGGAGACAUGGAAUGAGAAAUCGGGGUAAAAUAGAAAGUCUUCAAAUAUCAGAAAUUGCUUAUGUCCCAUAUUACUCACCAUGAUCCUGUUUCCUUCAUUCUUGUAAAAGUUGAAAGUGGACAUCCUGUUAAAUUUAACAAACUGUAUAGUUUGAAGCUGUUAUAUAUUUUUAUAAAGUUGAAUAACCCUGUAUUUAAAAGUCUCUGUUUUAAGAAUGUGUUAUAGACAUUAAAUGU